AUGGUGCAGAGAAGCAGCCUUGCAGUCCCCUACCAAGUGCCUGUCCUUGCUGUUUGCUUUUUGGCAGGUGUAGCCACAGGUUUGGAACUGUCUGUAAAUAACCACGCUGCCGACUUUGCCCUGUCUACAUUUCUUGCCCCUGCUGUCUCCCUCUCCUGUCUAGUACAGAACAGCAGCCAGGCUGAGGAGCUGCUCUGGUACCGAGGAGAUGGGCAGGUGGAUCUCAGAGACGGGAAUAAAGUGAACAUCAGCAACAUCUGCAUAUCCCCAGUCACUGAGUCCGACAACGGAGUCACCUUCUCGUGCAGGCUGGCACGGGACAAGUCUGUCCAGGUGUCGGUGGUCCUGAAUGUCCUCUUUGCUCCCCAUCUGGGUGGAGAAGAGUCCUUCCAAAUUGAAGAAAACAAAGAUGUUACCAUGAGCUGCAAUACCAAAGCCAACCCUCAAGUCCAAGGAGCUUGGUAUAAGGACAACACCACCCUGAUCCUGCAGCAGGAUCGGUACCAGCUGUACCAGACCAGCGAGGUCACUGAGCUCACUAUCCAGAACGUACAGAAGUCUGACAAUGGGACCUACACCUGUAUGGUGGAAUCUUCUAUGGGAAACAGGAGAAAGGAUUUCCACCUGAUAGUGGAAGACAAAAGGCCUGCUUUUCCCACGGAGGCUGUUAUUGCUGCUGCUGUGGUGGUUACACUCACAAUACUCUUUGCAGUUGUGGCUCGAAGAGAUAAAAUUUUUAAGUGCUUCAAAAGGUCAAGUGAAACAGCUCUGUAA